AUGUCUUCUGCCAUCGUCAAGGUCGGAAAGGAGGCUGCCAGUGCUCCCAAGCCAAAACUGCUCGAAAUUCCUUGUGAAGUGCGAUGUAUCAUCUGGCAGUACUACCUCGACGGCCAUGGCGACUUCGACCUGGACCAGAGGGGCGUUAUCAAACCAGAGCCCGGCUGGACAGAACCCCUCCAACUCCUCUACGUCUGCAAGCAAGCUUAUGAGGAGGUCAGAUGGCUCUACUACCAGCGCAUGACCAUCUUCGGGCCUGACGGCUGGUCGGACGUCUUGUGGCGGAUGGGAUCCCACAACAUCCAAAAUGUCACACAACUAAAAAUAUUUUAUAGUUGCCGUGGGAUUGGCCGGUGCACCAAAAGGGACCUACAAAUCGAGCCAUACGACAUUUGGAACGAAGUGUUUGAACACUUCCGCUAUGUCCAGCCAAAUGCCACCCUAAGGAAGAUCAGAGUCGUCGUAAACCCUUGCCAUGGCUUUGUGAAAGGGGAAAUGGAUGAAAUAGACUGGGCCGAGCUCGAAGCCCAAGUCUUGGCCGAUGAGCUCAACCAACAGUUUCCCCAAGAGGAAGCCCCCCAACAGGUAGCCGAAGCCGAAAACCAAGAGCAAGAGGAAGAUGACACGGAUGAAGAGGAGCAGGAUCCCGCUCUGGCAUGGCGCCAGUGCCGAUGCCUGAAGGACACCCGUUUUCUCCGCCACCUGCUGGCCUUCAGAAAUGUCGCGGAGAUAUCCUUCGAGGGCCGCUUCCCUCCACUCUGGGGCAUGGUUAUCCGGAGCCAGCUCGGAUUCGUCGAGAAACGACGAAUCAACUAUGGCACUGUUCACCUUUAUAAUCCGCGCUACGACUCCUACCCGCCCGACCUGAGGUGGUGUACACCCUCGGAGACGGACGUGGGGCUUUACGAGUCCCACGAGGAGUACGUUUCUCCUAACUUGGAUUGGUAG